GAGAGAGAGCUUGUGAUGAUGGCGGUCGCGUCUCUGCGUCUUGCUUUGCUUGAUCCGGGGUGAAGUGGUUGACGUUGGCGCUCGCCGUUUGGGUGGUUGUAUCCGCCUUACACGGCCGAAUCAGGAGGAGGGACGCGGGCCUGGCCAAGCUGAUGGUGUCAGCUCUUCUGGUUUUGGCCUUCUCCACGGUGUUAAGGGACCGAAGCGCGGAGACGCUGGCUUCCUUCUUCGCGGUAUGGGUCGCGUUAUUGGUGCUCUGUGUCCGCCCUUGGCGGAAAUUCACCGGCGCGGCCGAGCUGCUGCGAGGGUUCAGCAUGGGCAUGCUUGGUUGUUUAGCACUUCGUCAUCCGAGGAUCGAGACUUAUGCUUUGGCUCUGGCGGUUUGGAUUGCUCUCUCCGCCUUUUCCCUCCUAUCGGAAACGCCGGAGCGCGACGGCGCGGAUAAAGCGAGCGAGGAGGUAGGAUCCUCCUCGUCCAGCUCUACCUUCGCUAGGAAAGAUUUUUUGGGUGUUUUCUUGAGUUUCAACAGAGGACCAGAUAUCCCUGAUGCAUUCAUAGACUUCCUGAUGGUUCAACUCACGAGAUCCGGGAUCUCGGUCUUUGGAGAAGGCAAAAAGCUGCCUGAAGGGGAAGACCUAGUUGAAGUGAUCAAGCGAUCCAACUUAUCGAUUCCAAUCAUCUCCAAGGGCUACGCUUCCUCCGAAAGUUGCCUCGUGGAGUUGGGUCUAAUGUUGGAGUGCAGAAGAACAAAUGGCCAAACGAUCAUUCCCAUUUUUUAUGACGUAGAUCCCUCGGAUGUGCGACUCGUCAGGGGUUCUUUCGAAAUAUCCUUGAAGGAGCACGAGAUGAAGGGAAUGGAUGGCAGGACAAUCGAUGCAUGGGGAAGAGAUCUUCGUGAGGUUGGGGAUCAGGACAGAUUUUACUCUGCAGACAACAAUUCUUGGUCUAAUUACAAGCUUUUAAAGCAACUCCUCUUAGAUGUGCUGCAACUGUUCAGUAAGUGGGAUGUUAAGGAGAAUUUGGUUGGAAUUCAGGAUCGAGUACAAGAGGUCUUGACAAAACUUGGCGUUUGCUAUAAAGAAGGACAAGCAGUUGGGUUACAUGGUGGGGAUGUCCGAGUAGUUGGAAUCUAUGGCACUGGUGGGGUUGGCAAGACAACUAUUGCAAAGUUUGUUUAUAAAGCCAUCACUUCUCUCUUUGAUGGCUGUAGCUAUCUUGAGGACAUUCGAGAGAGGUUCACACAAUCUGAAGGACUCAAGUCUUUGCAAAAUCAGUUGAUUUCCGACCUGCUAAAGCGAAGCUGCCCAAUGUUUACUUGUGAAGAAGGUGCGCACAUCAUCAGGCAUAGAUUUCAUAGCAUGAGAGUUCUUAUUAUCCUUGAUGAUGUCAGUCAUUAUCAUCAACUUGAACCAUUCAUUGGGAAGCUUAGUUGGUUUGGUCCAAGAAGUAGGAUCAUUGUGACUACGUGUGACUAUGGUCUUAUUGAUAUACCUGAAGUGGCAGAAAAAUAUGAAGUCGAACCUCUGAAACCUGAUCAAGCUCUUUUUCUCUUUCGGAGGCAUGCUUCUCAUGUCCUGCAAUUCCCAGAUAGAUAUGACUCUCUGUUCGAUGAAAUCAUAUCUGUAACUGGACGAAUUCCUUUAGCGAUUGAGGUUCUAGCUCCUCUUUUAUGUAGAGCGCCCUCAACAUUAUGGCAACAUACCUUGAAGAUAAUGAGAAAACAUGGCGAUCCAGUUGAACGCAUGUUGAUGGCAAGCUUUGAGUUUCUUAAUUAUGAGACCAAAGAAAUAUUACUGGAUAUAGCAUGUUUCUUUGUUGGAAAGGAUAUUGCCAAUCCCUUUUCCAUGUGGUGUGCUUGCGGCUAUGAUCCUCUUAGUGGAAUCAAAGUUUUGCUCGACAUGUCUUUGGUGCAAAUUGGAGAAAAUAACAAACUAUGGAUGCAUGAUCAGCUGAGAAAUCUUUGUCAGCAAAUCGUCAAGAAUGAAGAUCCCAAAAGGCCUGAAAGGCGCAGUAGGCUAUGGGAUCAUGCGGAUGCAGUAUCCAUGUUGAAGGAAAGGAAGGGAACUAAAAGGGUCCAAGCUCUUGAUCUCAAGUAUGAUAAUAUUUGCCAUGACUGCUUUACAUGUGAAGAAUUUGAACUUCUGCCAGGCCUGAGGUAUCUCAAUAUGGGUAAAGCCAGAAUCAUAGGAGACUCUAAGAAUUCCCUAUCGAAUUUAAGGUGGCUUGAUUGGCAAGUGUGCCCCGAGACAUUUGGAGCUUGUGAUCUGCAUCUAAAAGAGCUAGUCAUUCUCGAUUUAUCAUGGAGUAAGGUUGCGCAUAACUGGAAAGGGUGGAGUCAAAUCAAGAUGCCACAGUUGAGAAUUCUAAACCUUACGGGGUGUACCGACCUACUGAUUACUCCUGAUUUCUCUGGUUUUGAGAAGUUGGAGAUAUUGAUUCUCGAGCAUUGUUCUCGACUUGUGAAGAUUGAUGCUUCAAUUGCUCAUCUAAAGUUCUUAGUCACCCUGAAUUUGAAGUUCUGCAGUGAACUCAGCAUGUUGCCAAAAGAACUUACUGAUAUGAAAGAAAUGAAAGAACUUCUAAUUGAUGGAACCUCUAUAAAGGAAAUUCCCAGCACCCUAGCCAAUAUGAAGAAACUUAAAAUUCUCAGUGCCUCUAAUUGCUUCUCUCUGAGUGGGCUGCCCCAAUCAUUGGGUCAGCUGGAAGCUCUUUCAGUGCUCUUGCUGGAUAGUGCGAAAAUUGUUGAACUCCCUGACUCAAUUGGAGAGCUGGUGCAACUGAAGCAAAUAUCUUUGAGAAACUGCCGUCGUCUAGGGGAGCUUCCAGACUCAAUUGGCAAUUUGGGAAGAUCAUUGAUCGAACUGGAUGUAUCGGGGACAGGUAUUUGCAAUUUGCCAGGUUCGAUCACUAACCUGCGGGGCUUGAAAGUACUGAAAAUGGACUUCUGUUUCACAAGAGAAUUCCCUUGUGAUUUUGGAAGGCUAACCAACCUCGAGGAGAUGCAUGCCUUGCAAUGUAGGAGCUUGGAAGGGGACAUUCCGAGUCAUAUCGGGGAAUUGAAAUCUCUGAGAAUGUUGGUUCUAGGAUAUACUCGUAUUUCUAGCUUGCCGCCGUGCAUCCAGUCACUUUGCUGUCUUCAGACCCUUGAUUUACUGAACUGCGACAGGAUUGAAGCAUUGCCAAUACUACCCUCUAGUUUGACUCGCUUGCGUGUGAUCUCUAGGAGCAUGAAGGCUAUGCCAUUCAUUGACAACUUGACAAAAUUGGAAGAGUUGUGCCUUGGAGAUGAAGAUCCCGAGGAACUAAAACUACCCUCAACGCAGAGGGUGAUGAAUUCCAUCCUGACCAGGGGGGUGGUUCUCUCCUUUCUUUGGCCCAAAAGAUUUCUGAGGCUGAAGGUGUUGGAAUUGUCUCAUUCACGGAUCACGGACCUUCGCUUGAGGGAUAAAUGUCUCCCUCAGCUCACAAAACUUGUCGUGUCAGGUGCAAACCUCAGGAGAAUACAGCAGCUUCCAUCAACACUGUCAUUCUUGUCAGUUCGAGGCUGUUUGUCAUUGAAAAGAUUGCCGACCGUCCAAUGUUUGAAAAGUUUGAACGAAUUACGGCUCUCACACUCUGCAGUUAGAGAGGUUGAAGGGCUUGGAGAGCUAGGAGCCCUGGAGAUAAUAGAUAUAUCUCACUGCGAAAUACGGAACCUCAAAGGGCUUGGCCAGUUAACUUCCUUGAUAAGCUUGACGCUUUCGGACUGUGAUCAUCUCCGAAAGUUGCCUAACAUAUCAAAUCUGAAGAUGCUGAAAAUUUUAGAAAUCCGCCGAUGCAGGGAGAUUAAAAAUAUUCAAGGUCUACAAGAAAUAAGAUCAUCCUUGGGGAAGCUGCAUGUAGGUGAAGGCAAGGAUGAAGACUCACAGCAGGCUAUGGAGAACAAAGAUCCACAAGGACAUUGUUACGCUGCACCGCCUCCCCAGUGUCGGCAACCAGAGAAGCGCACAGAGCACGAGCGUCUCCUGUAUGGUCAGGUGCAGACACAACAAAUCGUCCUGGGCCACGAACCCAGUCCGCCGCAGGGUCAAUCGCCCGAGCCUGCUAUCGUUCUCGAUAAUUGUUCGGGAGAGGCUGCCGUGGAGCUUCCCCAUUUUCUUCAUCUGUCAUGGAGUCCCAGCGGCUCCACUUCACCAUUUUCUCCAUCUGCAUCAGCCUGCUCUCCCUCAGCGCCUCCCCAAGCUGAGGAGGAAGAACAAGUUGACGCAGCUAAAGAUGAGGGACUAGAAGAGCAAGAAGGGCAAGAAGUAGAAGAAGUUGAAGAAGAAGAGGAAGAGCAUGGACAGAAUCUUGAUGAUGUAUACAGUCAGGUUAAAAGGAACAAAUCUGACAUUAAACCAACAUCCGGUGAGAUUUUGCUUGAGCCAUCUGCGAGCGUGAACCCUGCGAUUUUGCAUUUUGAAGAGGACGACAGUGUGGAGUCAUGUCAGCUAGCGACAGGGAGAGAAAGGAAGGGCGGGGCGGAGGGAGAUAAGUCCACGAUGACUAAGAAGGUUGGUGAGCAGAUCAAGUUGCUCGACGAGCAGCAGAUAAAGUUGCGCGACGAGCAGAUCAAGUUGCGCGACGAGCAGAUCAAGUUGCUCGAGGAGCAGCAGAUCAAGUUGCGCAACAAGCUGCGCAACGAGCGGAUCGAGUUGCUCGACGAGCGGAUCGAGUUGCUCCACGAGCGGAUCGAGUUGCGCGACAAGCAGCAGAUCAAGUUGGGCGACGAGCAGUGGAUUAAGUUGCGCGACGAGCAGAUCAAGUUGCUCGACGAGCAGCAGAUCAAGUUGGGCAACGAGCAGCGCAUCAAGUUGCGCGACGAGCGGAUCAAGUUGUGCGACGAGCAAAUCAAGUUGCGCGAGGAGCAGCAGAUCAAGUUGCGCGAGGAGCAGCGGAUCAAGUUGCGCGAGGAGCAGCGGAUCAAGUUGCUCGACGAGCGGAUCAAGUUGCUCGACGAGCAGCCGAUCAAGUCAAGCGACGAGGAGCAGCAGAUCAAGUUGCAUGACAAGCAGCGGAUCAAGUUACUCCAUGAGCAAAUCAAGUUGCUCGACGAGCAGAUCAAGUUGUUCGACGAGCAGCCAAUCAAGUUGCACGAUAAGCUGCACGACGAGCGGAUCGAGUUGCUCAAGGAGCAGCAGAUCAAGGUGCGCGACAAGCUGCGUAACGAGCGGAUCGAGUUGCUCCACGAGCGGAUCGAGUUGCUCGACGAGCGAAUCCAGUUGCUCGACGAGCGGAUCGAGUUGCGCGACGAGCAGCAAAUCAAGUUGGGCGACGAGCAGCGGAUCAAGUUGGGUGACCAUCGGAUCAAGUUGUGCGACGAGUGGAUCAAGUUGAGCGACGAGUUGCGCGACGAGCAACGGAUCAAGUUGCGCGACGAGCAGCAGAUCAAGUUGCACAAUGAGCAGGUCAAGCAGGUCAAGUUGCUCCGCGAGCAGAUCAUUCUCACCGAGCAGAUCAGGAAGUCAAAUCGCAAAGUUUGAGAAAAGCGCACCGUUGGAGGAGUCGCCCCCACUCCAAAGAAGGAUGAAUUCAUCAACAGCUUCAUGCUUUUAAGGAAAGGACUAGUAAAGUAAAGU